AUGGAUCCAUUAAAAUACCUAUUCGAAAAGCCAGCACUAACAGACAGAAUCGCGAAAUGGCAACUGCUACUCUCUGAAUUCGACAUCACCUAUGUUACUCAGAAAGCAAUCAAAGGGCAAGCACUGACCGACCACCUAGCAGUACACUCCCUGCCUGAUUAUCAACCAUUGAAGACCUUCUUCCCUGACGAAGACAUCCUCCUGAUCGAGGGAAAAGAAGAAAGGAAGGCAGGAGAAUGGACUCUCUUCUUCGAUGGAGCCGCCAAUUCAAAAGGAAGCAGAGUGGGAGCAAUUCUCUAUUCCCCUGAUGACGUCUCGAUUCCCAUCUCUAGGCGCUUAGCAUUUAAUUACAUAAACAAUGCGGCCGAAUAUGAAGCAUGUAUCACCGGUCUAAAAGAAGCCAUCAUCCUUAAUGUGAAAAGAUUGCGGGUCUUCAGAGAUUCGCAACUCAUCAUCAACCAGACAAACAGUAAAUGGAGGACUAAGGAUGAAAAGCUGAUCCCUUAUCACGUCUAUCUGGAGAAUCUAAGCGAGGAGUUUGAUGAAGUUACAUUCUCAUACAUGCCCCGAGCCAAAAAUCAAUUCGCAGAUGCACUCACUACCCUUGCUUCAAUGCUAGAGAUUCCUAAAGGAAUUUUUGAGUGGGGGCUUACCGUAGAGCUUCAAGAGGAGCCUGCCUUCUGUCUGCAGAUUGAUGAAGUAGAAGCCUCCCCUAGCAGCCAUCCUUGGUACACGGACAUUAAAGAAUAUCUCAAGCACCAUAAAUAUCUUAAAGAAGCUACAUCAAUCGAUCGUCGUACUAUCUAA